AGGUUAGAAUUUCCGACCCAGCUUUUGAGCUUUAUUUUGUUUUGUUUUCAAUUUUUCAAUUCAAUUAGUUAUCGUGAUUUUAAUUGCGCAUUCCGUGAAAUUUUGAAUUAAUCUCAUCAACAUUCCGUUUUCAUUUCUUACACCAAAAGGCAACUUUGUUAUCCAGAAUUAUUUGUAAAUGAAUUUUCGAAUCAUCUUACUCAAUUGGUAGAUUUUCAAAUUGAAACUUACUUAUGUACGCUUCAUUAUCAACCAUGCGUAAUACAUUUGCAGCAAGGAAACACAACGAGUUUUGAUGCCAUUGUGAAGUGUUCAUAGAGCUUUGGAUCAAGAAUGGCUGCCAUUAAAAGACCCCUCUUCGCCGAAAACUAUGACGGAAAAACCUUGCUCAUAGAAGAGGUUCAUGGCAGUGUGGCAGCAGAUUUCCUACUCUCGUCCAUAUUGAUUGAUCAAUUUCAAAGGAAUCCCAAUGCUGGCAUGUGUUUAGUUCUUUUUCACAAUACCCUCUCGCACUUCAACAACAUUUGCUCAAAGAAUAUCUUGAAGCUAAACCUCGAUGAUCUGAUUCAGAAUGAAAAAAUUGUUUGCAUACAAGCAAUGGAAUCAGUCUUAAAAACCUUUAGCGAUGAGAAGGAAGACAAUUUUUCUAAAGUUAGUAAUUUAGGUUCUUUUUAUUUUGAGAAAGUGAAUCAAGCGAUCAAUAAACUUAUCGCUAAAAAUGUAUCCCACAUUUAUUUAGUUGUUGAAAGUGUAAGCAAUCUGUUGUAUUUAAGUCAAACUUUCAAAGAUGUAAUUAACUUUGUUCAGAGUUGUCUCAACCUGUCACCCUCCACAUUGAUCGUGUCGUCCCACUCGAGUGAUACAAAUCCUGACCAAAAAUUAUUGCUAGCUUUUUUAAGGCAUUUAGCAAAUAUUAAUAUUAGAGUUUCAGGUCUUAAAACAGGUUUCAGCUCUGAUGUAUCAGGAAAUUUUGUUGUGGAAAAAAAGUCAGACUCCAUACAUGAUUUUAGUGUCCAUAAAGACAAGUUUUUCUUUAAGUUGGAAGAAAACUCAGCCGCAAUAUAUGAUGGUGUUGCGCCAAGCUUUUUAAAAUAGACACAGUACAAAAAAAUAGAGUUGACUCAAUUUUCUUUAACCUUAAGCCCCUUUUCCUCAGGUGUACCUCAAAUAUAAAGCAAUAUUGCAAUUCAAA